AUGGAAGCAUUCGGGAUUAAAGAUUUCUUUGUAUUUGUACUCGCUGAUGGGAGAUUUUGGAUGGAGGCCGCCCGAAAUAAUGCGGAUUGGGGAUUUAUCAAAAGAAAACCAUUUGGUUUCAUUAUGUCCGCACAGACUGUGAGUUUUGUUUUUCUAUCUCUUUUUUAUUUUUUGCUGUUUUUUGCUCUUUUUGAAGUCAAGAAGAAUGUUUUACAGGUGGUGAGCUUAUUUAUUGUGUUGUGCGUCGCAUUCGCACCAUUUGUCUUCGAAGGUGUUGCAUUUGUCAGCGGUUGCGCAUUCACAUUAUUCAUCUGCUCUUUCAUUUAUAAUUUAUUCCAUAUCAUGGGAUGGAAUAGGAAGGUGUUGCCACUGCCAGGUGGAAUAAACCUUUUCGUACCAUGUACUUUGAUGGUAUUUGCAUGCUCAGUGAUCUUCUUCUUUCUCUUUCUAUUUGGCACCCUUAUCUGCUUAGUUGGAUUUUUCGAUUCAUUCCGAUUCACUGUUCGACUCAUCAUUACCUACUUCUUUAUUUCGUUGGCAGUUGCACUGGACGCAUUUCUUUGUCUUCGCCUUUUUGUGCUCUUGUUCCGAGCAGCACCCAAUAGUCAGAUAUUAGGUUUGACUACUGUGGUGAUAGAUGGUGAUAAAACAUCAAGAAAGCAGAAGCUGAGAAUGACCUAG